GAAAUAACAAAUGAAAUUAAUCGUAUUGAUAGUGCUAAUAGGAGCAAUUGUAGCAAGAGAUGAAUAUUUCUUUGCUUAAUUGAGAGAUUCUGAAUUUGGAAAAACAAUUAUUUAGACAUUACAAGUAUAAUUACUUUAAGAGCAUCCUGCUGAUACAGUUGUUCAUCUUCUAAAGUAAAUGAAAGAUGAUCUUCUUAACGAACAGAGAGCUGAAGAUGAAGAUGUUUAGAGUUCAUUAUAAAGUUGUUAAACUGCUUCUGAAGCAGCAGCUGCAGUAAUAACAGUUGCUAAAGAAAGAAAGGCAACAGCAGAAGAAAGAUUACCUCUAUUGUAAUAAGAAUAAAAUGAUAAGAAAUAAUAAUUAUUUGAUAAAUAAGGAGAAGAAUAAAGAAACUUAGAUAGAGUUAGUGUAUUGCAAGAAGCUCGUAAUGUUUAAAGAGUAAAUAUAAUUUAAUAUAAUAUUUAGAGUGAAUAUGAAUAAAGAAGAGAUGAAUUAGUAGGAUUGAUUUCUGCCUUAUAAGAAGCUAAAUAAAUAUUAUCUUAAGGAAUUACAGCUUUAAAGAAAACAAGUUUUGCUGAAUUAAAGAGUCAUCAUUAAAACUUUUUAAAAUAUUAUCCUCAUAAAAAAGGAUUUCAUACAAUGGUUAAUAUGUUAUUAGAAGUUUUGUAAGAUGAAGGAACAUAAGAAAAUGCAGCUUAAAAAGUAGUCAAAAUUAUUGAUACUCUUGUUGAUAGCAUUUUCUAGGUAUAAAAAGAAGAAAUGAAAGCAGAUGAUGGAAGAGAAUUAGAUUUUUAAACAUAAAAAGAAAGAUUACUUUUAGCUAAUAGAAGAUUAGCUGGUAGUAUUGCAGAUUUGAAUGCUCGUUAUGAAGUAUUGGGAUAAAAGAUUUUAGAAGUUAGAAAUGAUGUUGCUACUUAAGAUGCUGUAAUAAUAUUAUAUUAUUUUUAUAGGUCAUUUUCAAUAAAUAAACUGAAAAAGGAGAUUGGGAUUAAACUUGUAAUGAUACUGAGAGAACUCAUAGAUAAUAAACAGAUGCAAGGUUUAAAAUUAAAUUUUAUUUUAUAGAAAUGUUUAACUUGAGAUUAUUGUUGAAUGCAUUGAUAUCUUUGAAACAAGAUUUGACAUGGAAACUAAAAGUUAUAUUCAACGCAUAAGAUUCUGAAAAAUAUUAAUACCAAUAAAUAAAAACGGAU